AACAUAUCGUGCGGGAUCUAAGAAGAAUGUGAUAUAAGCAAAUCUUAUCGCUACUUUGAGGGGCAGUGUUAUUUAUCAUUAUUCCUAUAGCAAGUAUCUGUUCAAUAAAUAAUGGAGUUUGUAUUUUUUUUUUAACUUUUCAUGCCUUUUGUAUAAGAAGUAUUUUAUAUUACAUGCGACUAUGAGUCCUUUUAGUGGCUGUGAUAGAAUUUCGUACCAAGACUGAGAGAAACUCAUGGAGAUCCUCUCAUUUUUCACAUCAGAAACAGAAACGCAAUGACUGAUUCAGAUCGAAGAAAAAAAGAACAUGGAAAAACGACCAUCUUUCAAAUGUCUUCUAGACUAACUCCAUCUUGUUCGACUAGCAUUUCCGAUCCUGGUCAUUCAUAGAUAGUUGGCACUUUUAGUCCUAAGCUAUCGCUCGUUCCCAAUAGCCGCCGCAGUUCUGCCUUUCCCCUAUUUCGUUAAAAACAGGAAUUGGAAUUGAUCUGACAAUAGCUAAGGAAAAUCUAUCUCUCUACCUUUCCCCCUGAAACAUUAAAUCUUGUCAUCAAUAAAUUUUAUCAUCAAAAACAAAUCUUCUUGUUUGAUCUCUUACGUGGUGAUCAGAAGCUACGAGAAAGAUUUUAAAAAAUCAAUAUCCCGGCUCCAAUAACUUCCUCGUAAUGGAGGUGAGGUACUUCUUUUAUUUGAAAAAAGGAUCAAUCACAUGAUCAUGUUUUGUACAAAUUUUCUGCAUUAAAUUAAGAAAUUGGACAAAGGGAAAAAAAUAAGAAGAAACAGGAGUUAUUAGAGUGACUAACAUGCCAAGCAAGCUAAAGAAGGCAAUUGCUGCAGUGAAAGAUCAAACCAGCAUUAGCCUUGCCAAAGUUUCUAGCAACACUUCCUCAACACUUGAAGUUGCUGUCUUAAAAGCCACCACACACGAUGAUGUCCCUGUUGAUGAGCGUUACAUUCAUGAGGUUGUCCAAUUAGUCUCCUCCAACAAGGCCUACGCAGCUGCAUGUGCUCGUGCCAUUGGCAAACGCAUUGGUCGUACUAGGAAUUGGAUCGUCGCCCUCAAAUCUUUAAUGCUUGUCCUUAGAAUCUUCCAAGAUGGCGAUCCUUAUUUCCCUCGAGAAGUCCUUCAUGCCAUGAAACGUGGCACCAAAAUUCUCAACCUUUCCAAUUUUCGCGAUGAUUCAAAUUCUAGCCCCUGGGAUUUCACCGCCUUUAUUAGAACGUUUGCACUUUAUCUUGAUGAGCGUUUAGAUUGUUUUCUCACGGGAAAACUCCAAAGGCGGUGCAAUUACAACGACCCUGUAAACUCCACCUAUUCACGGAGUUGCAGUGAUAUUAGCAGGAGUAGGAGGAGCAGGAGCACGACUAAUGAGGCGAUACGCGAAAUGAAACCAGCAAUGCUACUUGACAAGAUUUCGUAUUGGCAAAGAUUGCUUGAAAGGGCAAUUGCUACACGGCCAACAGGUGCAGCCAAGACCAAUUCUCUAGUACUAGCUGCUCUAUAUGAUGUGGUACAAGAAAGUUUUGAUCUUUACAAGGAUAUCUCUGAUGGGCUUGCUCUUGUUCUUGAUAGUUUUUUCCAUUUACCAUACCAAACAUGUGUAAAUGCCUUUCAAACUUGUGUUAGAUCAGCGAAGCAAUUCGAGGAGGUCAGCACAUUUUAUUCGUUAUGUAAAGACAUUGGUGUUGGCAGGACAUCACUGUAUCCGAGUGUACAAACUAUAAGCGAGGAGUUAAUUGAGUCAUUACAAGAAUUUCUCAAGGACAAAUCUUCAUUUCCAGUGAAAUCUUCAGCAGAUUUGAUUCCUCAAGGACAAGUUUCAAAGAAGUUCUCAAGAAGUGGGUUUGACAGUUAUGGUGGACAAUCUGAGUUCUCUCUUGCAACGACUGAGACAUAUUCAGGUAGGAGUACUCCAACUGCUUCAGGGAACGGUUCGCCUUCUAGUUCACUAGAAGAUCUAAUAAAAGCCACGGUAACAGGGAGGAGCCCGUCUAUUUCAAUCGAUUUGGAGGCCUAUUCGGAUAUUCAAUCAAAGAAGCCAUUUAAUGACGAUGUGUGCGAUACAGGUUCUGCAAGAUCAUUGCCAGUGUCCAUGACUGAUCUUGUUUCUUUAUCAGAAGAUAAUGGAAACGAAGGCAAUGAGGACGAAGUACAAGAUCAGAAGCAGCAACCUGUUGAAGAGAAAGCAAAAGAACUUGACACUAAAGAAGCUAAACAAGAACAGAUAAAGGAGAAACAAAAGCCUACAUUAGAUUCUUUAAGUUCAGUCAAAGGAUGGGAAGAUGUACUUAAUGAGGCCUUAGUGUCAUCCCCUUCUUUUAACGCCUUUCCAGACCAACAAGAACCAAAAGAGGUGCCAAGAAAUGGAGAAAAUAUGUCCUCUGUUGAGGCUUCUUCAAGCACUGGUUGGGAUUUGACACUAUUUGAAGCAACCCCACAAGCAAAAUCAGGACAACCCAUGCCUAGUGCUGCUUCUAACGACGUUAACAGCUUCAAUGCCUCCACAUUGCCAUUACCAUCUUUCAGUGCCUUUCCAGAAAGGCAAGAACCAGAACAAGUAUCAAGAAAUGGUGCAAGUAGUGUAUUGGAUAUGGUAUUAUUUGAAGCAACCCCACAAUCAGAAGCAUCACAACCUAUGCCUACUACCUCCGACAACGUUAACAGCUUCUAUUCUUCCUAUUUGAACGAAUUGUAUAAUCAAAAUUCAACGACGUUGUUUCCAAAUACUGGCCUAAAACCAAUGCCUCAUAUGAUCAACAACUAUAAUCAAAUUCCAGUUAUGGAACCAGCCAACCAUUACAAUCCUUUUUUACAAGACACAUUGACGGAGCAGUAUGCAAUGCAAAAUGCGGAUACUAACACAGCUACAAGCAUGUACUCUUCAACACCUUUGCCUACAUUUCAAGCAACACCAACUUUUAGUGGUCAGAAUCCAUCCUCAACAAUGCAAACUGAUCUGAAUUCCGAUCCAUUUGGUACAUUUCUGAGUAGUGAUCAGAUGUUAAACGGUGCAAUGAGUCAGAAAGAUUUUUCGGAUCAACAACAAUUAUGGUUACAGAACCAAAACAAGAUCAUAGCUAAGCAUUUGUCUUAAUUUUUGUUUCUUUAAGCUUAGAUGCCAAUUUCGUUGUCAAAUUUCCCUUUUGCUUUUAUUCGUACUUUUGCUCUUGCAGUUUUCACUAUGACAUUGUUCAAUCUGUUUUGCCAAUGUUUCUGAGUUUGAAUUAGAAUAGUCAAACACUUUGAAACUACAGCCUGAAAAGGGAAGAUACAAACAUUCUCAAACUUUUUGUGA